CAACGCCCUUCCGCCAAGACGCAACAACCAGAAAAAUAAGGCGAAAUCUGCGUCAACAACGGAAGCCGGACAACCGAAUGAGUCGUGGAAGAAGCUCAGCCUCACGGAGGAGCAAUACAAGCUCCGCCAGAGGUGAAACUGUUGCUACGGGUGCAACAGCACUAAGCACACGACGUCGCAAUGCCAUGACAAAGCAAAGAAGACGUCCGUCCACGGCAAAGCUCGGGAAACUGAGUUCCGCGGGAAGUGAGGCGACUUCACUUCCUACUCUGCCGGACACGGUUGCCUUGCUAGCAACCUCCUCCACGUCUGGGGAACAUACGUAUGUCGCCAGUCUUCACGAAGGUUAUGAAGACUAUGUUGUCCAGCUGGUCCCGUCGUUGGACCAACCUCUCCACGUGCAAGAGUCAUAUGCGUGCGCGACUUCAACACCAUCGCCAAGUGAACUAGCAUCCUCGCCGACACUAUUCGAGGACUCGUUCAUAUGGUCUAGACUUGAGCAGCUCGACCCAUUGACGCCGGAGGACUUCCAAUGGUUGCCUCUUCCCCCAUCUUGUUCCUUGCCGAAGCCGCAUUGCAACGCCCUAAUGGCAGAACUACGCACCUACUUGCACGCAGCAGUACCAGCUCCGUUGAUGGAAGACAGAGUAGCGGUUGUUGACCUUCGCGAAUACAUUGCAAAGAUUGACGGCGAGUACGCCACGCAACGGUACGACAUCGACGCACCGUUACUCUACGUCCGCAUUCAGAUCGGGAAGGCGACCUGCAGUGCCUUGAUUGAUUGUGGAGCUACUCGCAACUACAUCAGCCAAGACUUCAUGACGCGCGCCGGCCUUGGGCCGCACGUUCGAAGGAAAUCGCAGCCCACGCAAGUCACGUUGGCCGACGGUCGUACGCACAAGUCCAUUGACCGGUGUGUUGACUCCGUCCCCGUGUACUUCGCCCCGCAUGCACGCGAGGCCGUGUCCUUUGACAUAUUGAACACACAAUUCGACAUGAUUUUGGGCAUGUCGUGGCUGCGCAGCGAGGACCACCCGGUGAACUUCUACCGCCUCAUCGUUCACGUUCGUGACCGGAACGGGGUACUUGUGCCAUGUACGGUCCCCCCACCUCACCCUUCGAUUGGUUGUCACGUGGUCUCCGCGGCAAGCAUUCGCAACUCCAUCGCACGGAACGAAGUGGAGGAAAUGGACAUUUGUUUCUUGCACGCCCUCCCUCCUCCCGACGAGCCAGCGGCGGAACAGCCAUGGCCCACCGGAUCCACGCAUUAUACAGCUUAUUGACUCCUAUGGCGACGUCUUCGAAGCCCCCACCG